GGCCGAAAAUGUCGGUUAGUUUUAAGCGGGAACUAUAUAAACCCCACCGAAACAUCACGGAAAGGAGAUCAGUGCAGAAAUGGGUGCGACUUGAAUUGUUUUUUUCAUUUUUAUAUUAUUUGAUUGAUAUUUGCUUUCGUCUCAACUUCCCCACUUCAAUCAAUCAAUGCCUCGGAACACCCUUUCUCCACUUACCUUUCUUCUCCACUUUUCUCUUUCGGGUCUUGAUUUGCGUUAGAUUCUAGGGAGAUUAGAGGAAGAUUGAUUCUUUUUUUGAUCAUGGAUUUGGGGAAAGGGAAGGGGAUACGCUAUUUUGAUCUCAAUUUACCUGUCCAGGAUUCUUUAACUGGAUUAGGGUUUCAAGAUUCUGUUCCUUUCGGGUUCCCGCAGAAUAAUCUAACGGAAUUCAACCGAUUUGUUGAUGAUAGUGGUACGGGUAGCAGUUUUGGUGGUGAUUUGAGCAGAGGGGAGACUGACCCAGAUGUUCAAAUGACUAGUUAUGCUGACCCAGAUGUUCAAAUGACUAGUUAUCCGAGUACGAGGAGAUACACUAUUGAAGAAAAGGCAAAGGCCAAAAUAGAUGAUGGUAAAGGGAAUCUUGAUUGUGAUUUUGAUUUUGAUUUUGGUUCUGAUUUUGAUCUUAAUCUUCCUUUCGAAGCUUUUGGGGGAUACCCAAUUGAAGGACAAAUUGAAAAUAUGGAUGUAAUCGAUAUAUCGUCAUCCAGUAGUGAUGAGCUUGGGAUGUUAAAUACGGAAUUUGUAGAAAAAAAUUACCUCUCGCUUUUGUCCAGGGAAGCUACGAAGUUAGAACGGGAAAGGGUUGAUGCCUUUGUAAGAGAAGAAUCAAGAAGAAAUGAAGAGAUAGAAAGACAGCGUUCUAUUGCCAGAAAUGUUGCUAAAAAAUUUGCACAUCCUAAACAGCAGCAGCAAGAAACGAGUGACCCAGAAACGACUAGUCAAUUGAGUGAAGUUGAUUCUCAAAGUCCGUUUGCACUGGCAAUGAAAGCAAUCAGGAAGAGGAAUUCAAGCCAAAAUGUCCAUAAGAAGUCUUUACCUGGUUUAUCUGAGCCUCCGUUCAAAUGGGUUCCGGCAAAUAACAGAGGCCGUAAUGGUUUUCAACGCUCUGUUCCUAAACUGCUUGAUAUUUGUCUCGAUUUUAUUGCCAAGAAUGCUGAUAAAAUUGUGUCACUUGAAUAUAUUCCGGACAAUUUAAAGCAUAAACUUAGUCAGAUGGUUAGUUGUUAUAGAAAAUCGGACGCACGCUUUGUCGAACUUCUUGCAGGGAAUUCUCCAACUGAGAUUCGUGUGUGGGAUACUUCACAAUUGACAGAAGACGAAUGUAGCAAAAUUUUUAGUACUCUUGAUACCAAGAACUUGACUGUUUUACAACUAGAUCUUUGUGGAUUGUGCAUGCCUGAUUAUGUAUUGUGUACCACUUUGGCCAGGCCAUUGCAUAAACUUUCUAAAUUAGCCACCUUAUCUCUAAGGGGUGCACAUCGAUUAUCGGAUUGUGGGCUAAGUGCACUGGCCGUGUCUGCACCAGUAUUACAGUCUAUAAAUCUGAGCCAGUGCUCUCUUCUCACAUCUAGUAGCAUCAAUGAUCUGGCUAGUCAUUUGGGAUCUACUUUAAGGGAGCUAUAUAUGGAUGAUUGUCAGAACAUAGAUGCCAUGCUUAUUUUACCAGCAUUUAAGAAGUUCAAGCGUUUAGAAGUGUUGUCAGUGGCAGGCAUUCGGACUGUUAGGGAUGGUUUUGUCAUUGCAAUGGUUGAAGCAUGCGGCAUGAAUAUGAAGGAGCUUGUUUUUGCUAAUUGUGUGGAACUGACUGAUAUAUCACUUAAAUUUGUGGGUGAAAAUUGCCCCAAUUUAUGUGCCUUGGACCUUUCACACUUGCAUAACUUGACAGAUAAAGCAUUACAAUAUCUAGCCAAUGGUUGCCGAUCAAUUCAUAAAUUGAAACUUUGCCGAAAUGAUUUCAGUGAUGAAGCUGUUGCUGCCUUCUUGGAAGCCUCUGGGGAGUCUGUAAAUGUGCUUUCACUGAAUAACAUCAGUAGGGUCAGUCUCCACACUGCCUUAGCAAUUGCGAAAUGUUUGAGAAGCUUGUUGAGUUUGGACUUAUCAUGGUGUCGCAAAUUAACAAAUGAGGCACUGGGAUUGAUUGUUGACAGCUGCUCUUCACUGAAGGUGCUCACACUUUUUGGGUGCACACAGAUUACAGAAGUCUUUCUGAAUGGUCACUCGAACUCUCUUGUGCAUAUCAUUGGAUGCAAGAUGACACCAAUUCUGGAACAUCUCGAUAUGCUUGGUCCUCAAGAAACUCCAUUAAGGUAUUCUCCACUGAUAGAUGUUGCCGAUCAGCAGAGUAUUUGAUUCCCAAAUACGUAAUUUUGCUAAUGUGCUACUCACAUUCUUAUUGUACUGGAAAUGCCCUGUAGCCAAUUUCAUUUGUUUUUGGUCCAUACAACACUCAAACCAAAUCACUCAUUAACCUCAACGUCAACUAGAAAAGUCCCCAAGUCUAUUGAUAGCAAACUGAGCCUGAGGAUAAUUUCUUUGGAUUACCUUCUCAUAUCUUCCAUCUUUUGCUAAUGUAAGAUGCAUGAUGCAUCUGAAAAUUGUAUAGGAAGGAGGAAUUUUUGAAUGUUAAUAUGAUCAGAUUAAAGAGAAUAUCAAAUAUAGUUGAUUUGGUUCAAA